AUGCUCCCGGCGGACUACUCGCUCUUCGUGGAGGAGUUUCGUCGGUGCCCGAACGCCAAGUGGAUCAUGAAGCCCACGAACCGCGCGCAGGGCAAGGGGAUCUUCAUCAUCAACCGCCUGGCGCAGAUCAAGAAGUGGUCUUCGAACCCGAGAUGGGCCAGCAUCCCGUUGAAGGAGGCGUACCUCAUCAGCCGUUACAUUGAAAACCCACUCCUGGUGGGAGGGAGGAAGUUCGACCUUCGCAUCUACGUCCUCGUGACAUGCUACAGGCCUCUUCGGGUAUACCUUUUCGUGCACGGGUUUGCCCGUUUCUGCACCCCCAAGUACACGAGCGACGUGCAGGAGCUGGACAACCCCUUCAUCCACCUUACUAACGUGGCCGUUCAGAAGCACGGCGAGGACUACAACUCCAUGCACGGCGGCAAGUGGCACAUCAGAAACCUCCGUCUGUUUCUGGAGGCCACCCGAGGCAGGGAGGCUGUCUCCGUAUUGUUCGGACAGAUCGACAGCAUCAUCAUCCACUCCCUGAAGGCAGUGCAACCCGUGAUGGUGAGCGACAAGCACUGCUUCGAGUGCUACGGCUAUGACAUUAUCGUGGACGACCAACUGAAGCCGUGGCUCGUGGAGGUGAACGCGUCUCCCAGCCUUUCCGCGACCACUGAAUCGGACCGCGUCAUGAAGACGACCCUCCUUCGCGACAUUUUUGCCGUCGUCGUUCCUCCUGACUUCUCAGACCCGAGCUACAAGGUAUAG